AUGGCCGCAUCGAAAGAGAUCGAAUACGUGCUGACAGCCGAGCAUUCGCCAGUGCCAAUAUCACAACUGGUGGAGAAGUACAAGACUGGUGCUGAUCAUUACUGGAUUCGUCUAGUCCAAUCGAAUAUUACGCAUUCUGGGCCACUUGACAGCAGUUGCGAGAUGAGUUUCACUCCUCUUCGUAUCGCUGUUGUGACGUGUCGUGACUACCUUUUCGGAGACGGUACUACCGAUUGUACCUAUGGCUGA